GUGAAGCGCGGCAGUCCGCGUGGCUGUCUUCCUCCGCUAGGCCGGCGCCUCGCUUCCUCUCCUUCCCCUCGGCGGUGCACCCGGCCGGCCUCCGCCUUCUUUCCGGCUGUAGGGAGUCCCUCGUUGCUAUCUCUACCUCCCUCCCCAACCGGGUGCUUCUCUCUAGGCCGCCUCCUCGCUUCUCUCGCCCCUUUAGAUGGCCCGUUUCUUUCAUUGGGAAGAAAUAAGGAUGAGGAUUGUUUUUAUUUAUUCUCUAUUGAAAGCAUUGGCCGCCCAACUUCAGUGAACUCUGGGCAGCGCGCAAUACUAGCGGGGUGGGGGGGACAUAAAUAAUAAUACCGUCCCAGUUUUUAGCUGCAAAUUUUGUCCUGCGCUUAAGGCACCGCCAGGUCCUUUCAUUUCCAGUCGGCUUUCCCCAAUCUGGGCCUUCCAGGGGUGUUGCAAAAACCUCGUACAAAAAUUUCCAGGUUACUUUCUCAGGGAUGACUCAGUUAGGUGCCAUUGCAGCUUUGGCUGCUAGCCUAGUGGCAGCUUCUCUUUUUUCUGCAAUACACAAGAUUGAAGAAGGGCACAUUGGUGUUUACUACAGAGGAGGAGCACUUCUGACAUCUACAAGUGGACCUGGUUUCCAUCUAAUGCUCCCCUUCAUAACGUCCUAUAAAUCAGUACAGACCACCUUACAAACAGAUGAAGUAAAGAAUGUUCCAUGUGGCACAAGCGGAGGAGUGAUGAUCUAUUUUGACAGAAUUGAGGUUGUGAACUUCCUGAUCCAAAGUGCAGUCUAUGAUAUAGUAAAGAACUAUACUGCAGAUUAUGAUAAGGCUCUCAUCUUCAACAAGAUCCACCAUGAACUGAACCAGUUUUGCAGUGUUCACACACUUCAGGAAGUUUAUAUUGAAUUGUUUGAUCAGAUUGAUGAAAACCUAAAACUGGCGCUCCAACAAGAUCUGACAACGAUGGCUCCAGGACUCAUCAUACAGGCGGUCCGAGUUACAAAGCCAAACAUCCCAGAAACAAUUCGGAGAAAUUAUGAGCUCAUGGAGAGUGAAAAGACAAAACUGUUGAUUGCGGCUCAGAAGCAGAAAGUUGUGGAGAAAGAGGCAGAAACAGAACGCAAAAAGGCACUCAUUGAAGCAGAAAAAAUUGCUCAGGUGGCUGAGAUAACAUAUGGGCAGAAGGUGAUGGAAAAAGAAACAGAGAAGAGAAUAUCUGAGAUUGAAGAUGCUGCAUUCCUUGCCAGAGAAAAAGCGAAAGCGGAUGCUGAAUGUUACACGGCCAUGAAGAUAGCAGAAGCCAACAAGCUAAAACUGACCCCAGAAUACUUGCAGUUAAUGAAAUACAAAGCAAUUGCCUCCAACAGCAAAAUUUACUUUGGCAAAGAUAUACCCAACAUGUUUAUGGAUCACGCUGGGACUCCCACUAAGUUUUCUGAAGGACAGGCAGAGGAGCUAAAAGAUGAAAGUUGGCUGGAAACAGGGGAAAAUUUGUGAAGUCAUGAGCAGCCAGAAGGACAGCACAACCCGUGUCUGAAUCCAUCCGAAAUGGCAUUUGGCUAUUUGAUGUGCGAUCUCUACCUUCCAGAAUGUGAAGAAGCACUGAGCCCACUAGGCCAGAAAGAAAAACACCCUCUCUGUUCUGAAAAGACAGCCUGAAGAAGCACUGCAGCUCAGGCUUCUGACUUCAUCUUUCUUAGCAGUCAAGAUACGCUGCCUUAUUGAUCUUCGUGCCGAUGGAGGGAGCAACAGUGAAUCAUGCUAAAAGAAGAGGCAGCGUGCCCAUGAUUGACUCUGCCUCCACUACAAUAAGAUGAAGCAUGCUCAGUUUUAUUUUUGGAGCAAAAGAAACCUUUUCACGUGAGAAACCCAACUAUUCCCUUAUACUUGUACAUAUAUUACAGGUCAAGUCCACCAUGUAGAAUUUUCUUUUCUUUCUUUCUUUCUUUUCUUUUCUUUUUCUUUUUUUCUUUUUUUUGGAGAAUUGAAAAAAGGACACGCUCCCUCUUUUGGUAUUGGCAAAUUAGUCUUGAUAUAGCCCAACCUUAUUCCUUCUAGAACUCUUGGGACUGCCAACUCACCAGAAUGUAAGAUGUUGGGGUGACCGGGAAGUCCAUGAGUUACAGUUCCAACACUUCUGAAGGGCAUAAGGUUCAGUAGACUAAUAUUUUUUUGGACAAUAUGUGGAUGAGGAGAUCAUCUCUGCAUGCUGAAUUAUUUGCAUUCAUGAGCAUUGUCUCCAGUAAUUGGAUUUCACCAGUCAUCAGUUGCAGCAUAUUCCUUCAAAAAUAAAGGUGCUAAUUUUGAAUUUUUUAAACAAGAAGUACACACACUACAGAUUAAAAGCCUUGGAAUGGAAACUUGA